AUGACUACUCAAUAUAAUAAUAAAGUUGGAACAUUAUUUAAUUCUCUAAAAAGAAAACUAUUUGAAGAAAACGAAGAGAGCCACAACAACCUUCAAUAUACAUCAUCAUCAACUACCACCACAACAACAACAACACAACCUGCAAAAUUAAAUACAAAUAUACCCUUAAAAAAAAAAAGAAAUAAAUAUUAUUAUAAUCAAUAUCAACAAAAGCAACAGAACCACCAACACCAACAACACCAAAAUAAUAACGAUAAACAUUCAAUAUUUAAACAAUUGAUACCAGAUUUUAAUUUACAUAAUAUAGUAUCAUCUGUAAAAUCUUAUUUAUUUAAUAACAGUAAUAAUAAAACCUUUGGUUUAUUUUAUAAUCCAUUCAUUUCAAAUAAUAAUAAUAGUAAUAGUAGUGAAAAUAAUAAUACCAAAAGGACAACACCAAAACGAUUACCAAAAAGUAAAAUUUUAAAUAGAAAAAGAAAUUCAUUAACAGUACCAAAUCAUUUUCAUAUAAGUUUAACAAUGGAUGAAAAUAUUAACAACAACAACAAUAAAAACAACAAUAGUAAUUUAAACAAUAUGGUGAAUUCAUUAAAUAUAGAUGAUAAUGACAGCAAAGAUGAUGAUAAUAAUAAUAUCAAUAAUAUAACACAAUACGAUAGCGAUGAUAAUAAUAAUAAUAAUAAUAAUAAUAAUAAUAAUAAUAAUAAUAAUAAUAAUAAUAAUAAUAAUAAUAAUAAUAAUAAUAAUAAUAAUAAUAAUAAUAAUAAUAAUAAUAAUAAUAAUAAUAAUAAUAAUAAUAAUAAUAAUAAUAAUAAUAAUAAUAAUAAUAAUAAUAAUAGCAUAUAUUUAAGAGAUAAACAACAUAAUCAAUCAUUUGUAGAUUAUAUUCAAAAUAAAAAAGAAAACGAUGAUUUCAAUGAAUCUGUGAAUGGUUUAAUAAACGAAUAUAGUACUUUAUCCGUUGAAAGUCAAAUUAAAUCACCACAAUUACCAAAAAAUACCACCACAACAACAACCACCACAACAACCACAUCCACUACCACUAAUAGGUCAUCAGAAUUAAUAUCACCAACUAAAUCUAAAUUUUCAGAUUAUCAAUAUUUUAAUAAUAAUAGACCAUCAGUAAUUAAAAAAUUGUCAACAUCACCAAAGUCAUCAAUAUCAACACUUCAACAACAACAACAGGAAGAAUCAAUUCCAUUUUCUUUAGAAGAACUUAAAUCACCAAAUAGACCAAUUUAUAUAGAAUCAGAUGAUGAUGGUGAUGAUGAUAAUAGUUUUAAUAAUAAUAAUAAUGAUGAUGAAACAACAACAAUAGAUAGAUUUUAUAAUGAAGAAUCAAAUUAUUUAAAAAAAUCAUUGAUAUCAUCAUUUAGACCAAAAGAAACACUAUCAUUUGAAAGUUUAAUUGAUCAAAUUGAACAAAAUGAUGAUAGUAUAUUUAGAAAUAAAAUGGAAAAACAAAUUCAAAAAGAAAGAGAUCAAGAGAUUGGGUCAUUGUUACAAAAAUUGGAAUCAUUAUCAUCCUCUUCAAAUAAGUAUAAUCUAUUCAAAACAAUUGAACAACGUAUGGAAAUGGAAAAGAUGAAAAAACCAACACUACGUCAAUUGACACAACAAGAGAAUCAAAUCAUUGAUGAUAUCUUCAAAAAUGGUAGACCUGAUGAUAUGAUCUCUGAAUUACCAUUGGCAGAGGUGAGAAGAUCAGAUGUUCGUUUACUUUCACCCGGUAAAUGGUUGAAUGACGAAGUUAUCAAUUUCUAUAUGGAAGUUUUGAAAAUUAGAGAUGCAGAAAAGAAAAAGAUCAGUGGUAAUAAUAGUUUCCCAAAAUGUCAUUUUUUCAAUACUUUUUUUUAUCCAAAACUUUGUAAUGAUAAUCAUACUUACAACUAUGAAAAAGUUAGAAGAUGGACAGCUAGAAUUAAUUUAUUUGAAAUGGAUAAAAUUAUCAUUCCAAUUCAUUUGGGUAAUCAUUGGUGUUUGGCUGUAAUUAAUUUUAAAGCAAAACAAUUUGAAUAUUAUGAUAGUUUAUUAGGUUCAAAUAAAGAAUGUUUAAAGAAAUUAAGAAAAUACAUCUCUGAUGAAAUGGAGAAUAAAAAGAAAGAAGGUGCUGUAAAUUUAGAUGAAUUUCAAGAUUACAUGCCAAAGGAAAUACCAAUACAACAAAAUGGUUAUGAUUGUGGCGUUUUCAUGUGUAAAUAUGCAGAGUUUUGUUCAAAAGGUGCUAAUCUAACUUUUACUCAAGAAGAAAUCACUCAAUAUAGAAGAAGAAUGGUUUUAGAAAUUUCAAAAAAACAAAUUAUUGAUUAA